UUACACUGUUUUGAUUUCCUUGAGGCCGUUAGCUGGGACCUUUUAUUUCCGAUCGGUCUCAAUCUGAUAUAUUCCAUCUAUUGACUGGCCGCGAAAUCUAUCCCGGGCAUGAUGGACUCUCGGCCCGGUAGCUAUCAGACAAGUGUCUUUCGUGCCCAGCCGACCGAGGGGGUCCAGCGCAAGAUCCAAAAGCGCAAUCGUCCUCCUGUAUCUUGUCUGCUAUGCCGAACACGCAAGGUGAAAUGUGACCGCCAGCAACCCUGUGAGAGGUGUGUCAAAAGUGGCGAGGCCAACUUUUGCGAAUAUGCGCCUCGUGCUUCUCGCAAGGCUCGCACCGAUGCGCGGCCGCAGGUGGAUGUUCGGCCAAGACAUGAACCCAUGUCUCGUCCCGUCCUCCAGGUCCGUCUCCAAAAGCUUGAGGAGAUGGUUAAUAGUUUGGUCUAUACUGCACGCAACCGGGAGCCCGCUCUCGAUACCCCCUCAAGCUCGGACCAACGAACGGAGACUGAGACUCGUUCUGACCUAAGCUCACCACCGAGCUUGGCCCCGUCCACAUCGGGAGUUCCGCCUCUUCCUACUAUUCUUGGCGAGCAUAGCUAUGUCGGGGCUACUCACUGGGCUUCAAUUCUUGAGAGCAUUCGCGAUAUUCAAGGCAUUCUCCGGACUGAGACCGAUGAACCUCCUACUCCUUCACCCCCACCACAGAAGGACAGCGUGGAUGGUGUGGAAGCUGCGGACCUUCUGUUCGGCAAGGUAGCACCCAUAACUCUCUCGCAGGCUGUUGCGCGUUUGCCACCCAAGUCCAAGACGGAUGCGCUCAUUUUGGUUUACUUUCGCCAUAAUUUUAUGACCGCACCGUACAUUCACACGACGAAAUUUCAAAGAGAGUACGAUGCUUUCUGGGAUGAUCCGUCUUCGACCAGUUUACUGUGGUUGAGUUGCCUCGCUUCUAUGCUAUGGGUUGCUGCAUCGAUAACCAUCAUGAAAGGGGAAAGUGAUGAAUCAGUAGCAACACUCCCGGACAAACUGAGGGCAUUAUCAACUGAGUGUCUUGUAUCAGGUGAUUAUCUUUCUGCUAAGCCUUAUUGUAUUGAAGCACUCUUAUUGCACAGCUAUACGGAAUUGCAAAGGAAUAGGGAGAUCGACUCUAGCUUGUGGGCUAAGUUCGGACUUGUCGCCCGCCUUGCACAACGUAUGGGAUAUCACCGAGAUCCCAAGUAUCUCCCUAACAUUACUCCCUUUGAGGGUGAACUCCGCAGACGAGCAUUCUUCUUCAUCGAAGUCUUCGACGUCCUCUUCUCAUUUCAGUUAGGGAUGCCUCCGAUCAUCCGCGAUGACGAAUGUGAUACCGAGUCACCCGGCAACCUAUUCGAUUCUGACUUUGACGAAAAUGUUAUGGCUCUACCUCCCUCACGACCGGUUACCGAGCCAACUUCUCUUCUGUACUUAAGCCAUAAAUCAAAGCUAUGUCGACUACUACGACGGGUGAUUCGCUUUGCGCUCUCAAUCCAUCCUUCCCCUUAUGAAGACGUUAUUCAGCUAGAUGAUGAGCUCCGCCAAUACCACGAGCACGUUCCCCCUUCGUUGCAAAUCAAACCAAUACGGUCAUAUAGCUUCACAGAUCAAACGCAUGACAUCAUGCAUCGCCUCAUGUUGGAAUUGAUGUACCUUAAAAGUCUUUGUGUUCUACACCGACCAUAUCUUAAUCGUGAGAAGGACAACCCCGUCUAUGAUCGCUCCCGGAAUACGUGUCGAGAUGCGGCUCUCAGGAUCCUUGAAUUACACGUCGAGUACGAAGAGGAGAGUAGGCCUGGUGGUCGCAUCUACGAGGAUAAAUAUAUGCUAUCAGCUCUCAACCUCCAUGACUUUUUGAUAGCAGCAAUGGUAUUAUGCCUGGAUCUUACGGAGAAUCUACCGAGCAGCUUGGCGGACCGAUCGAGGAAACUGAAGGCUCUGGGAACGUCGUAUAAGAUGUGGGCUGAAAGAAAGCACACUUCCAGAGAUGCGGCGCAUGCUGCGCGGGUCGUGGGCGCCAUUCUCCGGAAAGUAUCAAUGCAGGACCCUGCGGUUACACGCUCGCCACCGCCGCCACCAAAACCAGAAGUCCGGGACGGUUCGCUGGCUAGCUUGCUAAAUAAUGAUGUUCAGCCAGCGCCAGCUCCAUCGCCCCCGUUUGAUCAUAUAAUACCGUCUUUUGAUUUUUCCCUGGACUUUGCUAAUAAUGCACCGCUUGACAACGUGUUAAAUGGCAGCAACACGAUCGAUUGGAGCGCAAUCGACCAGUUCCUACUAGAAAGGGACGACAGCGGAUUAAAGCCUGUGUCCUAGACCACUGAUUCGGCGUCCGUGAAUUUACUCAUUCAGACUUAUACUAGAUGAUGCCUAGAAUUUCAUCGGCGACGGAAUCACGAACCAUAUACUAGUAUACUACCAUAUAAGCUAGCGUAAGACUACUAAGUACCUGGAUGCUGUGAGAGACGGAGGGGACUUUGCAGCCAGCCGUAUACUUAUCACUUGUCACGAUUUAGAUAUUUGCUUUG